UUGAAUCUUGACAUAAAAUGUUCCCCCGAAAAUCCACGAAACAUUCGGAAUAAUGCCAUAAACACGUCAAAUACUAUAAAUAAUUCGAAAAUUCAGUGCUGGAGGUGCGAUUUUCGCGAGUGACCGCUUCAACUUUUGUUUCCAAACAGUUUCACGAUUCGAUGGCUUAAUCAGUGUGCUCGUUAUAGUCGUUGAAUCCAAUUCCUCGUUUCAUGUAAAACCGAUUUGUGUUGUUUUGUGACUUAGUUGAAAAUGUGGACAAAACUGAUAAAUGGCAAACCGUUUCUCUCAAAAGUGUGAUGAAACUUAGUGUGCUUUUAUGUGUCCGAAUAUUUAAAUAGUGCUCGAAGCUGAAACCGUUUAUUAUGCUGGUUAUUUUGCAAAACACAGUUAGAGGAAGUUUUUAAAGAAUAUGAAUCAUAUAAAAGUAAAGACAUUAUGUUAGCUACCCCACCAACAUGAGUAACAAAAAGCAACUAAAUGAGUUGAACAUGACCAAGUUAAGACAUUCCAGCCUAGAUUUAGCAGAUCCCGAGCUGAAAAAGAAACACAGCGAUGUAUUAUCAAGGGCGAAGCACAAACUUUUAAACCUAAGUGAUGCCUUGAAGCACAGAAAAGCCGAAGAGAACCAGGAAAAACCGUUGUCGAAGAGCAUGACCCAAUGCACGUUGGAUUACUUUUUCAAACAUUCCCAGAAUAGAGACGAAGAUACUAGGGAUGAAAUGUAUCAGAAGCCUGGUACCAAGUGUUUAUUACAAAAACAAACAUCCGUGGGAUCUUAUCCUGAAAUAAAGAUCUCAUCGUUUGACAACGAGUUGGAUAAUGAAAAUGAGGUGUUUUAUCCAAUAAGCAGACUGAGGCCAGCAACUGUUUGUGUGGACCGGCCGAGUGUUGAUAGACGAAGCGACGCCGAAGCUCUAGCAUUAGAGCGUCCAAGAAAGAAGCUGAGCUUCAAGGAACCAGAAGUGGAUACAAAAAAUUCAAGACACACAGAAAAGCAAAAGAACGGCCAUCAUAAUGAACACUCGACUAAUAAAAUGAAAUUCAAUAAUCACUCCUUUGGGGAAACCUUAAAGAACAAAGCCGUAGCUAAUAAGCAGGAAGAUUCACGGGGGCGAAUUCAGACAAACUUUCAAAAUACUUUGAAGUCUUGUGAACGGAUUCUGAAACAUCCCAAGCCGAACGGGGCAAAAACUGCGCCUAACGAGAACAUUGAUAAGACGUUUACGUUGGGGAAAGGGAUUCAAAGUAUUGCCGGAUUAGGAUUAAGUGUAGUGACUAAUGGAGUGCAGCGGACACCUAGUUUUGAGGAUUCCGAUUUAGAGAGUCAAGCGAUGCGAGUUGUCCGGACUGUUGGACAAGCGUUCGAAGUGUGCCAUAAAUUGUCGAUAGGAGCGCCAGAAGACAAUUUCGACGAUGAACAGGACACGACCUUAACACAAGACUUACUCAGUGAUCGGCUUAGUGAUGUAGCUAGUGAUAAACCCAAAAAAGGUAAGUACUCUUAAUGCAAAAG